CGCCAAAAAGUCGACGUCGUGAUUCAGAAGAUCGACGAAAACAGAAGUUGGAUGAGGGAAGAAAGAAAGUGACAGGGAUAAUAAUUCUUGUUGAUUACUGUAAAUUGCAGUAAAAUCAUUCCCUGAUUUGCUGACAACAUUGCUAUUUCUUUUUCAUCGUCGUGCAUGCAGCAUACCGAUUACUCUUCAUGCCAUCUAUUCCGACCUAUUUCUAUCAUUAAAAUUAUCCGAGAAGCUGAAAGAGAAGAAAUAAUUGAAGUUGCACGACUCGACUGAUUGCACGGAAUUGCGAGAAUCAACAGGAGCCCAUUCCGACUGUAAGAUUAGGAUUUUCUCCAAACUUUGGACAGCGUGAAGCGAAUAAGUUCGCAGAAAAUUAUUCUUGUUGACGAGACGAAGAAAUAAAUGUUCCGUAUCAUUAAAUAUCAGUAUCAUGUCCUACAACUACAACAAUACCGUCAAUGCCAACCCAUACAACAACAACCCUUCGUACCCGAGUAGUGGUAACAAUAGCUACAAAAAGACGCUGAAAAUCGUCAUUGUGGGCGACUCUGGUGUGGGAAAGACGUCGUUGAUGAAUCGAUUCUCUACAGGCAAAUUCACGGGUCAGUACAAGGCAACUAUUGGUGCUGACUUUUUGAGUAAGGACAAUGUCAUUGUCAAUGACAAUUUUAUGCAACAGCGUCAUCUAGUAACGCUUCAAAUCUGGGACACGGCUGGGCAGGAACGAUUCCAGUCGCUUGGUGUGGGAUUUUACCGCGGUGCUGAUGCUUGUUUGCUGGUUUACGACGUUACGGAUCCGCAUUCCCUCGACAAUUUGGAUCACUGGAGAAAAGAAUUCUUGGAACAAGUCGGUGGCGGAAUACAAGGUUUGGGCGAUGCCUCUACGCAAUUUCCUUUCGUUGUGGUGGGAAACAAAAUCGACAAGGUAUGUUUUUUCUGUUUGAUGUUCAGUUUGGUAACGUUUUUCUUUCUGAAAAUGCAAGUAAUAAUCAAUGAAUCUAAUAUAUUCUGGUACGCAAUCAUGGUUCGGUAGGCCAAUGACCGCCUGGUGACUCGCGAACAGGCAGAGGAUUGGUGUCGAACGGCAGCGAGUGCUACCAUCAUGGGGUCGCAACCCUUGCCUUAUUUCGAAUGUUCCGCCAAAACAUCGGAAUCGGUCGAAGACGCCUUCCAGGAAGCAGCGCGACGAGCUAUUGUCUACGAGGAAUACAAGAAGCGCUCGCAACCACAACUCUUCGUACCACCACCAAUGGGUAGUAGUAAUGMACCCAUAAAUCUCCGUGGCCAGUACGACCAAUCCAACAAACAGCCCGACAUGUGCUGUUAGCGAUGCUUUUCGUUAAAAACUUUAAUAAAUUGGACCGGUACAUCUGCUCUCGCUCUAGACAAUGUAUUUUUACACCGAUAAAGAAAAACGAAAAAUCCUGGAUGACAAACUGUGUGAUUUUUCAAAAUUGUUGCCUAACAUCUUGAGUGCAGCGAUGGAUUAUUUCGAGACAAAUUUUCAGAACUAAAACAAUACCACCACGUUGCAGAAAGGAAGUCAAAUGACUUUCUCUGUUUUCGUCAACUUGCGAUACUACAGUCACCAAUCUACCACAUAAAGUACACAGCAAAUUGUGGCUGCGCGUCCGCUGCAAGCAAAAGUACUAAAAUCCAAAUUAAAGGUUGGUUUAAAAACUUUGUUUYUCMAUCGUUAAUCGAAUUAGACUUCAAUUUCAACCAACAAAUCGUCACCAUCGACCUUGUCACCAACGUUAACCAAGACUCGCUUGACGACACCUGAUGAUGUUGCCGGAACCGAUGUUUCCAUUUUCAUGGCCGAGAGAGUAGCAACGGUCUGUCCCUCCUUGAUUUCAUCUCCUGGCUUGACUGUGACACCGACUACGACCCCAGGCAUAGGACUGCCCACUGUUCCUGGUGCCCCUGCCUUUUCUCUGACCGCACCUUCGACAGCGGCACUGUUGUCAGUAACGCUCAUGUAGUAUGCCUCUCCAUUGACUUCAAACAUGACCUCUCGGGAACCAUUUUCAUCCACAUCUUGAAUGGCAACCAAUUUGAUCACUCGCGAUCGUCCCUUACCCAAAUCAAGAUCGAUUUCUUGGCCUACAUUCAUCGGGUUCAGGAAAACAUGGGUAGGAAGAACAUCUACAUCCCCAUAGACCGUUUCGUAUUCUUUCCAUUCUUUGAAUACAUUGGGAUAAAGUGCGUAGGAUAGCAAAUCCUUUUCGCUGAUACGUUUGCCAUAGCUGGCUCGGAGAGAUUCGCGUUCUUGAUCAAAAUUGUACUCCUUUAGAAAUUGUCCAGGGCGACCUUCAACAGGUUCCAAUCCACGUCCCUUCAGGACCUUCGAACGAAGAGGUUCAGGGAAGCCACCGGGAGGAAUUCCAAUAUCUCCACGCAAAAAGUUCACAACGGAAUCAGGGAAGGCCAAAGUUUCAGCUUGAUCCAAAAUAUCAUGGGGUUCGAGGUUUUGUGCAACCAUAAAUUGUGCUAGAUCACCAACAACCUUAGAGGAAGGGGUGACCUUAGGAAUAUCACCUAGGACAAUAUUUGCCUGGGCGUACUUGCGUUUAAUUUCAGGCCACUUUUCGGUCAAUCCAAGUUGCUUAGAUUGGAAAAGAAGAUUGGUGUACUGUCCACCAGGAAUUUCAUGUUGGUACACGUCAGAACUUCCACUCAAUUGACCAGAUUCAAACGGACCGUACAUGGAACGAACAUUCUCCCAGUAUGUAUUUAAUGGAGCAAGUUGACCCAUAUCCAAUCCCGUAUCAAGAUCGGUUCCCCUCAAGUUGGCAGCAAUCGCACCGAUAGAUGGUUGCGAAGUCAUUCCUGACAUGGCAUCGAUGGCUCCAUCGACAACAUCAGCGCCGGCUUCGGCAGCAGCCAACAUAGAAGCAACACCACAUCCAGCAGUAUCGUGGGUAUGAACGUGGAUCGGAGUAUCCGGGAAUUCUUCUCUGAGCGCAGAAACCAACAUGGUCGUGGCUCUUGGGGUGAGGAGACCAGCCAUAUCCUAAAAAAUAAGAGAAUACAGGGUGACAGUAGUAGGAUUAAGUGAUCCAGAAUAUUUGGAAAGAAAUACUUCACAAUAACACAUAUCAUUCCAAACAAGUUAAAACGUACCUUAAUUGCUAAAGAGUGGGAACCCAUAUCGACCAACUCACGUCCAAGCUUCAUGUAAUAUUCUAGGUUGUACUUGCCCUUCGUUGGGUCCGCGACAUCACCAGUGUAACUCAUUGUACCCUCAACAAAACCACCCGCCUUUCCGGCGGCGUCGACGCCAAGUUUCAAGUUUUCGAGGUAGUUCAAGGAAUCGAAGACACGGAAAACAUCGAUACCUGACUUCUGUGCCUGGUCGCAAAACUUGUAAACAACGUUGUCUGCGUAGUUGGUGUAACCAACAGCGUUGGCUCCACGCAACAACAUUUGGAAGGGAACAUCGGGCGUCUUCUCUCGUAGCGAUUCGAGUCGCUUCCAGGGACAUUCGUG